AUGGGAAUUUUGGUAUUAUAUAUUUUUUCUGUUACGAUUCUUGAACAGACUGGAUUUGUAUAUUCUCAAACAACAGAAUUUGAGAAGAACAUUCUCAGAAGACAUAAUGAACUAAGAGCUCUCCAUGUAAGUACACCUCCUUUAAAGUGGCAUCGCCAAAUGGCUGCUCGUGCUCUGGCUUACUGCAAAACUCUGGAACGUGACAACAGUUUCGCUCAUUCACCAUCGUCAUCUCGUCAGAAUCCUUUGGCUGGUGAGAAUCUUUGGAGAACUCGGUCUAGCGUAUCGCUAGCACGAACUAAAAACGAUAUGGGAAACAAAGCGUCGCAACAAUGGUAUGAUGAGAUCAAGUAUUACGAUUACAAAACACCUGCCUUUAGCAGCAAGACUGGUCACUUCACACAACUUGUUUGGGAUAACUCUGAAUUUCUUGGCUGUGGUAUAGCUGAGGGAAAACAUGGAAUGUGGUUCUCCUAUACGGUCUGCUGCCAAUACUCGCCGCCUGGCAACUACAGGGGACAAUUCGCUCAACGAGUCCAUCCACUGAAACCGAAAACCACCACAACAACAACUACGACAACCACACCAAGACCAGAAACGAGUGACCAUGUACCUUCGGACCCUAUGAAUGGUGAGGUGGAAGUCGGUUGUAGACCAAAUGGUGUAUGUAAAGCUAUAUACAAAUGUGACACAUGUUUUGGACUAAGUGGACCAAAGAAAGCAAAUUGCCAGAGUAUAAACCUAUGUGAUGGGUCUUUACGCUUUUGUGAUCCCGUUGGAAUUGAGCACAAGGAUGAGAACGCCUGUGUCAGAAAAGGGACUGGGAACACUUGUGAUAAACAACUUGGAUGUGCAUUUAGAUGCCCGCAACUUAAGUCCCCAGAACAUGGAUCUAUUACUCCCACCACAACUGUAACAGGAUCCAGCAAAGCAGGAACAAGGGCCACGUAUGCGUGUAAAACAGGAUAUACGCUCGUUGGUAACAAACUUAGGACGUGCAGUAGAGAAGGAAUAUGGAGCGGUGAUAGCGCACCAAGUUGUGUAAAAGUAGGUGAUAUUGAUGUUGAAUUUGAUGGGAAGAUGACAUUAUGCGGAGACAAAAGUGGUAAAAGGACAACACUAAAAAUAGGUCAAGAUGCCUUCAUGGAGGUUUUAUUAAAAUACACAUUUACAAAUACAAACAGGGAGAACGCAAAGGAUUUAACAUAUCAUGUCUUGAUGGAGGGGCCAUGUAGGAUUUUAUCGAAUACUAAAUUGGCGACGGUACCAAGAGCGACAACCACCCGACCUGGAACAACUUCGAAUGAGCCAAAUGGCGACCGUCAGUUAUCCUCGGUGUUUCUUGCAAACGAGAUGAUCUCAUUGGUAGUGUUGAGUUUGUCUCUUGUGAUCUUGGUUGGACUUGGACAUGCUCAGAGAACUCCGUUUGAAAGGAUCAUAUUACAAAGUCACAAUGAUCUUAGAGCUCUUCAUGAAAAUACACCUCCUUUUAAAUGGCAUCGAAUACUUGCAGCUCGUGCCCUGAAACACUGCAAAAGUUUGGAGAGUACCGGUAGGUUUGCCCAUUCACCAUCUUCAUCACGUCAGGAUCCCCACGCCGGAGAGAAUCUUUGGAGGUCCAUUUCUGUCCGGUCACAAGCAAAUCUAAUGAACAACUACAUGGGGAAAAAAGCACCACAGGAUUGGUAUAAUGAGAUCAAGUAUUACGAUUUCAAAAAUCCUGGCUUUAGCUCAAAGACUGGUCACUUCACACAAAUAGUGUGGGAUAACACUAAGUACCUUGGUUGUGGUCUAGCAAGUGGAAAACGAGGAAAUUGGCACUCUUAUACCGUUUGUUGUCAGUACUCGCCACAUGGUAACUACUUAAAACAGUUCGCAGAUAGAGUGCAUCCUCUGAAAAUCGAGAGAACCACUACAACUACUACAACGACAACCACGAUGAGGCCAGUGACUAGAACACAUGUGCCGUCGAAGCCGAGAAAUGGUGACAUGACAGUGGAUUGUCCGCGAAGCGGUGUCUGUACGGUGAAAUACACCUGUGAUACCUGCUUCAAACUUAGUGGGCCUGAGAGCGCAUCUUGCCAAAGUUCAAAAUUGUGUGAUGGGUCUCUACGAUUUUGUGAUCCAGUCGGAAUAGACCACAAAGACGAGAAUACGUGCGCCCAAAAAAGGGCUGGGAAUACAUGUGAUAAAAUAUUCGGAUGUGCAUUUAGGUGCCCACAACUGAAAUCACCAGAAAAUGGGUACGUAACUCCAUUCAUGACUUCAAUGUUGUCUAGCAAACCACGAACAAGAGCUACGUAUGUAUGUGAUACAGGAUUUACCCUUGUGGGUAGUAAGUACAGGACAUGUAGUAGCGAUGGGAUAUGGAUUGGUAGCAGGCCAAGUUGCGUUAAAGCUAAUGUAGUUGUUGCUCAGUUUGCUGCCGAGAUGAAAGUCUGUGGAGCUAGAAACAGCAAAACUAAUACCGUGAAAAUAGGCCAGGAUGCGUUCAUAGAGGUCAUUCUAAAACAUGCCUUUAUUAAUCCAAGCAAAUCAAAAACAACUGAAGUCGUGUACCAUGUUUUGAUCGAUGGUCCGUGCAGGGGCUUAACUGAUACCAAGAAGGUGAAGAUUCCAAAAUCGACAACUACCAGACUUGGCAUAACUUCAGAUAAACCUAAUGGCGUGCCAUACGAAACCAAAUUUAUAUGCUCAAAGAGAGGAAAAUUCACUUUGGAAUUUUCAGCAUGGUUGUCUGACCAAACUACUAAGAUCGUUCAGACAUGUGAAAUUGAAUGUGUUUAAUAACAUUUUAGUUAAUAAAAAUUAGUUGACG